GAGCUGCACUGGGGGCUCUGGGGGCUGCACUGGGGUUGCUGUGCGUCCUCCAGGGGUCUGGGGGCUCUGAGGAGGACCCCGUGUGUGAAGGCAGGGAAGGUCUGGGGGUGAGGGGAGGUUUGGUGGGGCUGGGGGCACCAAGGAGGGCUUACUGCUUGGGUCAGGGUGUGCUGGGGGGGUUUGGGGGAGCAGCCCCUGGUUUCUGCCACCCCCACGGGGCUGCCCCCCACAGGACCACCCCGGAGCCCCCCACCCGGGCACCGCCACCACCGCCUGCAGCCGUCGGAAGCACUCGGACACCCCAGGAAUGGAGAGAGGCGGCGGGGGGGGCUCGGACCCCCCGGGAAGCGACCACCAGGCAGGGACCCCAGGGGACGAGGGGGCAGAGCCCCCUUUUUCCCACCCCCCCGACCUCGAGCCGCCCACGAACUGCUGCAUGAGCGGCUGCGCCAACUGCGUCUGGAUCGAGCACGUGGAGCGGCUGCUGCGGCACUACGGGGACGGGGGCGAGCGGGCGCUGGCGGCCGUCGAGAGGCACGUGCAGGACGAGAGCAUCAAAAUGAUCCUGAGGACCGAGAUCAGGCUGCGCACGAAGAAGGACUGAGCCCGGCCUCAAAAACGGGACAGCGAAAUGUCCCCGCUGUGUCCCCAGGAGCUGCUUCGGGGCGCCCGGUUUGUGGGGCCGGGGUGCGGAUUAUUCGGUGCGCUCACUUGGGGGGGGCUGAGGCAUGGGGGGGAGCCUGGGUGGUCCCCCCAGGACCUCACUGCCCGGUGCCCCAGGCUCAGGUGCUUUUGCUUCCCCAAGCCUUAUAUUUAUAUAUAAAAAUGUAAUAUAUAUAUAAAUGUGUACAUAUAAAGCGCCCGUUGCCCUGUUGAUAAAACACUCUGGAACCGCCCUGACGGCAGGGGUAGGAACAGAAGCUGACCCGUUGGCACCUCAGCACUUCUCUUUCCAACCAAUUUUAUU